UUGAUAACACGCAUUAGCACUCAGUAACAACAUCAAAAUAUUCAAGAACUUGUAGUUAUUCAGGUCGAUCUCUUCCAGCCUGAUCUGUUGUUUGAACGUCGCCAUGGGCGCCAUGGCUGAGAACCUCCUGGUUCUGUGCACCAUCCUCGCGGCGCGCAUGGCGCUCGCCGCCGCCGAUGAUUGGAUUCCGGCCACCGCCACGUUCUACGGCGGAAACGACGGCUCCGGCACCAUGGGCGGUGCGUGUGGGUAUGGGAACCUGUACGACCAAGGGUACGGCCUCGAGAACGCGGCGCUGAGCACGGCGCUGUUCAACGACGGCGCGGCGUGCGGGCAGUGCUACCUCAUCGUGUGCGACACCGACAAGGCCGGGCGGUGGUGCAAGCCGCGGGGCGCGGUGACCGUGACGGCCACCAACCUGUGCCCGCCCAACUGGGCCCUCCCCAGCGACGGCGGCGGGUGGUGCAACCCGCCGCGGCGGCACUUCGACAUGUCGCAGCCGGCGUGGGAGCGGAUCGGCGUCUACCGCGCCGGGAUCGUGCCGGUGCUCUACCGCCGCGUCCGGUGCUGGCGCCGCGGCGGCGUCCGCUUCACCGUCGGCGGCUUCGACCACUUCGAGCUCGUGCUCGUCGCCAACGUCGCCGGCAGCGGCUCCGUCGCCGCCGUGUCGGUCAGGGGCGCCGGCACCGGGUGGCUCCAGAUGUCGCGCAACUGGGGGGCCAAUUGGCAGUCGCUCGCCGGGCUCGCCGGCCAGCCGCUCAGCUUCGGCGUCACCACCACCGGCGGCCAGUACAUACUGUUCCAGGACGUCGCGCCGGCGGGGUGGAAGUUCGGCCAGACGUUCUCCACCUCCAAGCAGUUCGACUACUGAUACACGGCGACGUACGGACGGCCGGAACAUGGCCGGACGACGACGGUGAGUGCGUGCGUGCGUGCGUGCUCGUGGUUUUGACGGAGCUGCAUGCACGCCGCCGCCAUGACAUCCUUGGCAUGCCGGAGCCCGGAGGUGCGCGCGACGUAAGAUGCCUACGAUUUCGGCUCGUUGGUGUUCUUAAUUAAUUGCUCUGUUAGCGUCAUGCUUAAUUUGUUCCUUAAUUUUGUUAAUUAUUAUUAAUUCCAUUGCCUAUGCAUGUAAUUUUUUAUUAGAUGAGUUAAUGAAAUGUUAUUAACGAGGCAAGUAUGCUGUA